AGAUUAAGCACAUACACCUUGUAUUCUCUUCUUCUUCAUCUUCUUCAUCUUCAUCUUCUUCUCAUAACUCAGCCAUGGCUUCUUCUUCUGGGAAAUCCUUCAUCACAGCUUUGCUUGUGGCUCUCACAUUCACAAGCAUGAUGAGUUCAAGUUUAGCAGCUCGUUGUCUUCUUCAAACGACACAGCCUGCGAUACCAAACAUGCCUGGAAUUCCAAGUAACUUGCCUAAACCUACAGGAUUACCACCUUUGCCUUCAAUCCCAAGCAAUAUUCCUCCAUUGCCUACAAAUCUCCCAAAUAUGCCAAAACCCAAUGCACUUCCUCCUCUUCCCUCUAUGCCUCAGAUCCCAACACUCCCACAGGCCACACUUCCUCCACUGCCUAACAUUCCUUCUAUUCCCAAAAUUCCUACCACUCUGCCAUCCAUCCCUUUCCUUUCUCCUCCUCCUUCCAAUUAAUAUCACAAAACAUGGUUCACUAGCUUGUUCCUCAUCUUGGUGUUAUCAUAGUUGCUUCAUCUAUCAUUGUAUCUGGUGGUGCUCGGCAGCAUGCCGGCAUAUAUACGUAUAAUC